AUGGCGUCCAUCGCUCGGUGGAGCUUACUCUUGCUAGCCCUCCUAUGCGUCCUGCCAACGCUGACCACCUCCAAGUACGUCGGGAAGCCCUUCAUCAUCCGCGGCCGCGUCUACUGCGACACCUGCCGCUGCGGCUUCGAGACCAACAAGACCACUUACAUCCCCGGUGCGAUGGUGGCGAUCAAGUGCUACGACAGGAAGACGAUGGACCUCAAGUACAGCGACACGGCCGUGACGAACGAGCACGGGCGGUACGAGAUCACGGUGCAGGACGACCACGAGGACCAGCUGUGCCGGACCGUGCUGGUGAGCAGCCCAUGGGGAUACUGCAAGGUCCCCGACAGUGGGCGGUGCAACUCGGAGGUGAUCUUGACCCGGUCAAACGGCGCCGUCUCCAACCUCCACUUCGCCAACGCCAUGGGGUUCUACAAGGAUGAGGCGGAGGAGGGUUGUAAGGAGCUCGUCCACCAACUGCUUUACGCUGAUUUCUAG